AGCCCUAACAGUCUCCGCCUCUCGCGCAUCCUCUAACCCGGCAGCAGGCUCGGUUUUCCGACGAGGACACCUGACUCGGGACAAAACAAAGCGGCUUCCUGCCGAGCCGCGAAGGCUGCAGGGAAGUUCGGGGGGGGGGCAGAGAGGCAACCGAGGCGAAGCUGCAGUAAGGGAUCUGCGAAGUAUGGGUGGUGGGUUUUCAUACCAGUUGCCUGGUGUUCAUACCAGAUGGGGAUGACUUAUUAAUUAUGGUCCUAAACGGCAAACGUUGACUGUUGUGUUCUGAGUCAGUUUCUCUAUGCGUGUGUUUUUGGGGUGCGAAAUGGGCGUUCGAGCAAACGCCAAUCCAGUCUUCCUCCAGUUUUUUAUGAAAGAUUUGUCAGUGCCUAAAAUCCUGCUGCUUGCCUCAAGAUGGCACCAAAGAAAAAACCCCUGAAAGUGAAGAAGAAAGGCAAGCCCAAAGAUGCGGCCAAGGGGCAAACCAGUGCCCUGCCAUAUGUCAGCGAGAGGGAACAAUACCUGCAGAAGGAAUAUGCCAUCUUGACAGAGCACAUCAAAACCUACACACAGCAUGUAAGGCACUUCCAGUGGGAAAAUAAGUUCCUAGACAAGGAAGCCCAGCAGAUCCGAGAGAUCAGCAGAGUCUACAUCUCCUACUUAAACAGGCGCACCCUUCGAUGCCAGAAUGCCAUCAUUUCACUGAAUGACCAGAAUCUCUCAGACCUUGCCCAGAUCCGGAAGCAGAAGGCAGAGCUGACCUCCCAGUACUUGGAAAAGGAGAAAGAGGUGAGGCAUCAGCUGAUAGAGAUGGAGACUAAACUCUCCCUCAUCAACAAGGAAAUUGAAGCAAUGAAGCCUUACCAGGAACUGCAGCUCGAGCAGCUGACCCGGAUCCGGGAGCUGGAGAAGGAGCUGCUGGUCAUGAAAGUUCAACACACAGAGCAAAUGCACAAGGUCAAGAGCCAAUUCCUCCAACAGACAGCAGAAUACGAGAUGCAGUCUCAGCAGAAAGUUCAGGCUCUGGCUAGACUGGCUGAGAAGGAAGCAGUGCGCAGUCUCAUCCAGCACACCAAGCAGGUGAAAACUGACAACUGGCGCCUGCGCCAUGAACUUCUCAACCUCAUCAGACAAGCCAAAGUGCUGAAAUCCUUCCUGCUUCAGCUGAGAGAGCACCAGCAGCAACUCCUGCGAGAGCACCAGUACAGGGAAGACCUUGCGCACAUGCGCAAGUGGCUAAGACAUCGAGGGCGUCGGCUGGUCAUUCCCACCGGCAGCAGCUUUAGAUGCAUCCCAUCAGAGAGGAGCAGGCUCAUCUCCCCUCAGACUACAAGUUCCAAAAUGUUCAUAGCCAAGGAACAGGAACCAGAGUCUCAGACAAGCGUCCUACAGACAAAAGAGAGCUUGCCAUUGACUCCCAGGAUCAGGAGUAGGAUCACAGCUAUGUCUUCUAGUAGCACGUCUCCAGAGCAUACCCUGUCUUCAGAAAUGGCUUUAGGACAAGGGGUGUAGGGGUUGGCUUGCCACUGGUGUCUUGAGGACAGAUAUGCCAAGCACAACUUUUCUCAAGCACGUGAGAUUUGCGAGCACAAUCUGCACUCAGAACAAAGUAUCUGUAAACAGGACCUGGAUAUUUUAGAUUCCCGCUCCUUCUGCUUUUACUGCCACCUAGAUGCAGGCUGCAAAAUGCAAAAUUGCAUUUAUAAUGUUCUAGAGUCCAUUCUGUAUUCCCAGCAGGGAGAGAAAGGGGGGUUGCUGAGCCCCCCCCACUCACAUACACGCAGCCCAUUGUUAUCUUGCCCACAGCCAGUGGCAAGACAAACACUUGCAGCUGUUUCAAGAAAUCCACAGCCACGAUGUAGCUGCUCAUUCCUCACAUUGUCCACAAACAACUCUCUUGGCAUUGGCACAGAGACAGCACCCACCAAGUUAUGCCACUGCUACCCCCUCCCCAGGCAAGCAUUCAGGAGGGUUUGUGGCCACCUGAGGUUCCUGCCAUGUUGGUAAAAAGCCUAGGCUGAUGGCGGUCAAGUCUGACUGCAACCAGAUGUAUAGCCCUCAUGCCAGCAAAGCCAACACCUUGCCAAUGUGUGCUCGGCAACACUAGUUUUUAUUCUGUUUUAAAUUUACAGCUUGUUCGUUGUUUCAGUGUUUGUUUGUUUUUUAAUUCUUACUGAUUUUGCUCUUGUAAGUUGUCCUGAGCAUAUGUAUGCUGUGCAGGGGGGGAAGAACACAGAAAUUGAUAAA